UCCCUACGACCAGUGGUGUGCAUGGACCAAGUUUAACCACCACCGUACGCGAUACGCAGAUGUAGGAGCGAACGAGCCUCUUUAUCAAAACGACCCGUGAAUGAUCAGUGAAUUGUCACGCGAUUUCGGAUUCGUUCGUCAAACGUCCAUAUCCCCGAAUCGUCGUCGAACAGAUACUCUCACACGUGGCGGCCUCGAAACUGCAUUUCCCACCUUUCGGAAUGUCCGGCGACUGCAAUGAGGAACCUGAAUCGACGUAGCGCACGAAGCGCUCCGGGCCACCUCCAUGGCCUGCUAUCUACAGCGAAACACGGCCUCCUACGCCGUGUUCCUAUUCGUCAUCGUAGUUUUCGUCAGCGGACGAGGCGUGAUACUGGACAGUCAGGGGCCGGUAUUGGUGGCAGAGCCGAGAUCGACGAUAGAAUUCGCGAACGACAGCGGCACGAUGAUGCACUGUUCGGCACACGGGAGUCCGGCGCCUCGUGUGGAUUGGCUGAUGGGUGACGGGGCGCCGGUGCUACCGAUACCGAAUAUCCGCGAAAUGUUGAGGAACGGCUCCAUGUACUUCCUGCCGUUCAGCGCCGAAAGUUAUCGCCACGACGUACACUCGGCUGUUUACAGAUGUCAAGCCUCAAACAGCGUCGGUCGAGUCCUAGGCCGAGAGAUCAGCGUCCGGGCUGUUGUGAGGCAAAAGUACGAAGUCCAAGUGCGCGACACCUACGUCCUGGCCGGAAACACAGGUGUCCUCAGGUGCGAGAUACCGACCUUCGUCAAGGAGUACGUGGCCGUCACCUCGUGGGUCCAGGACUCGGCGUUCAACAUUUACCCGGAGCCAAAAAAUGACGGAAAAUAUCACAUGCUGCCGACCGGAGAGUUGCUCAUAUUUUCCGUGAGCACCGCCGACGCCCAUUCGAGUUACCGAUGCCGGACGGUCCACCACGUGACAGGCGACACCGUCGAAAGUUCGUCGUACGCCCGUCUGGUGGUUACCGAACACCUGAACCCGGUGCCACCGCGAUUCAACGAGCGGGUGAGUCCGGCGCCCGUGAGGUCCGGGGAGACGGCCGUGUUGUCCUGCAUCUCGCAGGGUAUACCGCCGCCGAACUAUCUGUGGUUUCGCGAGAAAGGCAGCGUUUCAGAAGUGGUCGGUAACUCGGAACGGGUGCACGGCAGGGCCGGGGUGCUCGUCCUCCAAUCGGCGCGUACCGAGGACGCCGGUCGUUACGUGUGUCACGCCAACAAUACCGCCGGUUCCGAGAGGGUGGAGCUGGAGGUGUUCGUCAUCAGCAGCCUAUCGGUCCAUCUUACUCCGCAGCAGAUCACCGUCGACCUUGGAAAGGACACGGAGUUCCAGUGCGUCGUUACCGGGCAACCGAGCCCCGUAAUUUCCUGGACGAAGGACGGCCUACCUCUGAGAGACGUUUCGUCGAGCAGGAUCAGAGUGGUCGGACACAGCGGAUCGACGCUCCACAUCACCGGGGUGAAUCGAGACGAUCGCGGGAUGUAUCAGUGCUUUGCGAAAAACGACUACGAGAUGGUGCAAGCCACCGCGGAACUCAGACUGGGGGACGCCGCUCCCCAACUGGUGUACAAAUUCAUCGAGCAGACGAUCCAGCCGGGACCCUCGGUGUCUCUGAAGUGCAUCGCUGCAGGGAACCCGACGCCACAUUUCACCUGGACUCUGGACGGAUUCCCGCUCCCUCAGAACGACAGAUUCGUUAUCGGUCAGUACGUCACGGUGCACGGAGAUGUUAUAUCACACGUGAACAUCAGCGCCGUUCGGGUCGAGGACGGAGGGGAAUACAAGUGCUCGGCCUCUAACCGGGUGUCGAGGGUCCAUCAUUCGGCGCGUCUCAACAUUUACGGACUUCCACACGUCCGUCCGAUGGGCAACUACGCGGCCGUUGCCGGCGAGACGACCGUGAUGAAAUGUCCGGUCGCCGGUUUUCCGAUCGCCAGCAUCACGUGGGAAAAGGAUGGUCAACUGCUGCCGACCAGUCGACGUCAAGAAGUUUCCGGUAACGGAACUCUGGUGCUACAUCACGUCGACAGCAGCACCGACAGAGGCGCGUACACCUGCACCGCCAGGAACAAACAGGGUCACUCGGAUUCGCAGACGGUACAGAUCGAAGUCAAAGUCCCUCCCAAAAUCGAACCGUUUAGCUUUCCCGCCAAUAUCCAGGCAGGGGCGAGGGUCCACGUGACCUGCGUGGUCAGCGAGGGUGACGCACCGAUAAAGAUCACAUGGCUGAAGGACGGGCGUUCCCUGAAACCGGAAGAAGUGACCACCCACCAGAUCGGGGAGUACGACCUCGCGUUGAGGAUCCAAAGCGCGUCACCCGCUCACGACGGGAACUACACGUGCGUGGCGAGCAACGACGCCUCGAAAUCUACGCACACCGCAUUGUUGCUGGUUCACGUUCCGCCUAGGAUAGCUCCUUUUAGUUUUAACAAGGACUUGUCCGAGGGUGUUCGGACCCAGGUGACCUGCAUGAUCGAAAAAGGUGACCCUCCGUUCACGAUCACCUGGUUGAGAAACGGUGUUCAGAUCGGCACCUCCGGCGGAACGAUUUUCGGCUCAUUAGGAGCCUCCGGAUCUUCAAGAGCGGUCCAAUCUCCUGGACUGAGAGUGACCAGUAUCGACGCACACUCGAGUACCAUAGUUAUCGAAAGGGUCACUGCCACCCAUACCGGAAAUUAUACGUGCGUCGCCCGGAACUCCGUCGCAGAGGUCUCUUGGACGGCAGAGUUAGUCGUUAGUGUUCCUCCGAGAUGGGUAAUGGAACCCCAAGACGUUCACGCGCCGGAAGGCAUGCCGCGUCUGGUGUUACAUUGCCACGCGGACGGUUUUCCAAAACCGGCGGUCACAUGGAGAAGAGCGACCGGCAAUCGCCCCGGCAACUACCGAGACAUAGCGCUGGCCAAUCACGAACACACUCAAGAUCUCAGAAUUCAUUUGAACGGUUCUCUGGUGUUCGGCACGGUCCAAGAGAAUCACGAAGGCUUUUACCUCUGCGAAGCCAUGAACGGAAUAGGCGCGGGCCUCAGCAAGGUCGUCUAUUUGACGGUCAACGCACCGGCUCAUUUUCCCGAAAAACAUCGAAAUCAAACCGCGAGACUGGGAUCGAGCGCGUCCCUUCGAUGCGAGGCGAAGGGCGAUCAUCCCUUGAAAAUAGCGUGGCGGAAGGCCGGCUCGGCUCUGGAACCGGCUGUCUCGGACUAUCGUUACAUGGUCAAGGAACUGAACACGACCGACGGAGCCGUUAGCGUUUUAGGAAUAGUCAGCACAACGAGAGACGACAGUGGCCUAUACUUUUGCAUAGCCUCGAACGCCUACGGUCGCGACGAAAUGACCUUGCAAUUGUACAUACAAGAACCACCCGAUUUCCCGCGAAAUCUUCACAUCAUCGAAAAAGGCAGUCGAUACGUCAAGUUGGGAUGGACCACCAGUCAGGAUGGAAACAGUCCCAUAACGCAGUAUAUCAUCGAGUACAAGACCGACGCCGAGGUUUGGCACGACCACACUUUUCACAUCAACGUACCAGGCAGCCAAGCGUUCGGCCACGUCAGUUCUUUAAGGCCGGCUGUCAGCUACCAGUUUCGUCUUUUUGCCGAGAACGAACUGGGUCGGAGUCAAUCGAGCGAUAUACUGGACGUAACAACGGAGGGAGAAACGCCGGGUGGACCGCCAAGGAAUUUGAAAGUAGAUCCCGUCAGUUCGACGGAAUUGAGAGUAAUUUGGGAUCCACCGGACCACGAUCUGUGGAACGGGGAAAUACUGGGAUACCACAUCGGCUACAAGGAGCACAGAGUCGCCGCGGAGCAGUACACUUAUCGUACGGUCGAAGGGAGAGUAUCGAUCGCGAACGUGGCGCUCGGACUCGCGCGAACAUCGAUCCCCGGUCGGCAGUGCCAGCUGACCGACUUGAAGAAAUUCACCAGGUACAGCAUCGUCGUGCAAGCGUACAACGCGCUCGGUCCCGGACCCGUCACCACUGAGGUGGUGGUAGCCACACUUGAAGACGUUCCGAGCAGUCCACCUCAGGACGUCAGAUGCACCGCGUUGUCGUCUCAGUCGCUACAGGUGUCAUGGGAUUCUCCUCCGGACUCGAGUUUGAACGGUGUACUGAAGGGGUACAAAGUGAUCUGGGAGAGCAUGGACAACUUUGUAGCCAGUUCCAAGUCCGAGACGAAAAUCACCACCGGUUUGACCGUAGUGAUGCACGGAUUGGAGAAAUACACGAAUUAUUCGGUCCAGGCGUUGGCUUACACCAGAGCUGGCGACGGUGUCGCGUCCUCGCCGCUCUAUUGCCUCACGGAGGAAGACCUCCCGGAAAUGCCCGCCGCGGUGAAAGCGGUCGCCAGUUCCGCGACGUCCAUUAUGGUCUCGUGGCAGCCCCCGAUAAGAGCGAACGGGAUAAUAACUUCCUACAAUGUGCAUUACAGAGCCGUUGGUCCGGAAGGCGAGUGGUACCGAAGGACAUUGGUACCUCAACGUACCAGCUACGAGGCGGAAAAUUUGCACAAACGUAAUCAGUACGAAUUCGUCGUUGCCGCUGUGACUUCCGUCGGUGAAGGGACUCACACCGCUUCGAUUAUAUUGGGACCGUCGGUCGAAGUACGCGCGGCGAUAUACUCUUUCGGAAUGGUAUUCGUGGUGCCCUGGAAACAGGACAUCACCCUCCCUUGCCAGAGCGUAGGAAAACCGGAGCCCUCGACGACGUGGAAGCAGCGCGGCGGUCAGCUGGUCAAACCGUCCGCAAAGAUAUCCAUAAAAAGUGACGGCUCGCUGAGAAUGUCGGAACUGCAACGUGACGAGAGCGGAAACUACACUUGCAUAGUGGAAAACAGACACGGGUCAGAUCAGAUAACGCAUCGUUUGACCGUCCAAGUGCCCCCAGCGCCUCCGCUCCUCCACGCCACCGUGUCGACGAGCACCUCGAUAACGGUACAGUGGAAGCAGGGCGACGACGGCGGUGCGCCGAUCAGAGGCUACGUACUCCAGUACAAAAGGGAAUACGGCGAAUGGGAGGAGGUCAAGGUUUCCCACAAGAUAAGCAGCUAUCUUCUGUCCCAGUUAUGGUGCGGCACCAAGUAUCGAGUAUACAUGACGGCCUUCAACCGCAUCGGAAUGGGACUGAGAAGCGACAUAAUCGACGCCAUGACGGAGGGGUCCAAACCAGACCCGUCACCGGCCUCCGGCGACAAAUUCAUCACCGUCAACGUCUCCUGGAUAACCUUGCACCUCCACACGUGGCACAACGGCGGUUGCCCGCUCCUCUAUUUCGAACUCGAGUACAGAAGAAGUGGUGAAGAUUUGUGGACACUCGUAUCGAACAAUAUCGAGGUGCAGAGGACCUACACCCUCAACGAGCUUCAGCCUGGCACCAGCUACGAGGUGAGGAUUCGAGCGCACAACAACGCUGGCUCAGCAGUUGCGGAGUACCGUUUCACGACUCUUCAGCCGGCCGGAAGCUCGACCGUACCCGCGAUUGAUUUGGACCAGUUCGUUCCGCAGCACACUCCGCUCUACUCUGACCUCAAGCUGAUACUUCCGCUGGUGCUGAGUUCGUUCGCGAUAAUAGCCGCGGCCGGAGCGGUAUUCUAUUGCUUCAGAAAACGACCGUUUCUGGGCGACGUGGGUAGCUUGCACGACGCCCAAACAGCCGCCGCUCUGGACAACAAACAGAACAUGGAACAGAGGGAACAGUAUUACGCGACGGUUCGAAAAACGCUCAGAUCACCGAUCAACGAAAUGGCAACCCUAGAAAGGAUACCAGAAUACUCCGAAGACAUCUACCCUUACGCGACGUUCCAGCUGAAGGAAAGCGUACCAGCGCCCGGAGAGAGCCGUUGCGGCUCCGCUGCGCCUCUCCAGACAUUCGUUUAUCACGACCCCCGACUUUCCACUGCCGAUACCCUUCAGCUGCGGGAGUCGGAUUGCAACCGGUACGCAAAGGUUCGCGGCGGUCGCUCGUCAUCGGUGCCAUUGCACAAAAUGAACAAGGGCAAUCAAGGGAAAUCCGAAUCGGAAGAGUACGACACCCUGGGCUCGGACAGUGACACGGAAGUGGGGACCAGCAGCCGAACGGAAUCUUCGAAUCACCUGGUGGACUCCCGGCAUCCCGUCACCAAGGCUGAUUCGCGUGUUCACAACUUCCUGUACCAUGGACCAGAAUCUAGCACGUCUACAGAACCCUCACCGAUUUUUGAGAGAAAAUCGUUUCCUCGAAGAGGAAGACCCAAGAUGCUACAGCUGGCGCGUUAUACCAGCGAGGAGACCCGUGCAAGCCUCGGCUCAGUCGCCAUGUCUGGCGGUUCCAAGCACCAGUCGAGCAUCGACGGAUCAGGAAGCUUGUUCGCCACCAAGUUGGAUCCACCCUCGGGUUUCACCGACACGCUUGAGUUAAGUGAGGCGGAAUGUGACCUUGACCGGGGUCGUGGCCGGCAUCGCAUACCUCGGGACUUUACCAUAGCAGUAUGAGGAGAAAUUUCGAACGACGGUACUAGUCCGGAGGAUAAUUCUCAUGACUCUGGAACCGAUUUUCAGAUCGAAUGACUACAAAUUACUGCCACUAUUGUAAUUCGUUUCAACGCACAAAAAAAAAAUCAUUCUUCUUUCGUUUUAUUCAUUUCACUAUUGUUAACAUUGUUCAUUGCAGUAGUACGCAUACUUUCAACCGAUUUUCGACUGAAAUUCGCAACGACUUGUGGUAAAAAAAUAAUCGGUUCCAUUUUCUUUCUUCGUCAGAGUUUCUCAACAGUGUUUCAACGUUCGCGAUGGUUUUGAACAAUGGUAAUUCUCUCAUUGAAUAAAACUAGUCGCGAGAGUCAACGAAUUUACCUCGUUUAUUCAAGCGGGAAACAAAUCCUGAGUAAAACAAAAGGCUGAACGUUUUGCGUCGCGUACACGGUUUCAAUAUACUUCAUUUUUAUUGUUUUCACUUUUAUUGAAGUCACUAUCCAGCGCAUGCUUCGCUACAAAGUCAAAUGAGAGAAAAAAAAAACAAAACAAAUUGAAUAAAGAUCCAAACCAAUAGAUACAAUGGAAGUUAAUUUAUGUGUGAAUAGAAGAUGAAAUGAAGUAACGUCUAUUGAAGUUCUCUCACAUCUGUCGAUCGUGUUGCAGAGAAUAUUGAAGGUGUCAAUGAAACGGCGCGGUGCUGAUGAUGCGUAUAAAUUCGACUUUAAAAGCGAUUUAGAAAAUAAUUAAGAUUAUUGUUUGGGGCAUCCGCUCCUUCUAUUUAAGAAUAAGUGAACCGCAUACAUGUUUUGACAUCGCAACGUUCGGACCAAAUUCUAUAUUAUAUUAUUACUAGAUUGAAUAGAAUACAAAAUUAUGAAAAGAGAUUAUACGGCCGAGGGAGGAAUAUGAUUGAGAAGGAAAAUCUGAGAAAACAAGUGAAUGAAAUUAAAUUAACGAAGAUUUUUCUAUACCCCCUCACGAUAUAAGAUAAAUAUUUCUACGAAUACGAAGAGUAAUUUUUAUACGACUGAAUUAAAUUAAUUGGCUAACUGAAUCUGGAGUGGCCGGGUCAUGUGGUUCUGAAAGUCAAAGUUCAAGAAUGAUUACUUAAAUUUUUUUUUCUCUCUUUUCUUCUCCUCAUCAUUUUAUAAAGAAAGUAUCGAUCGCGAAGUACGGUUUUGAGGAUGUGAUUCAGAAUUCGGUAUAUAUACACACAUUUUGGCACCGCUGCCAAAAAAAAAAACAAAAAAAAAAAAGAAAUUGAAAGAGUGAUCAAACAUCGCAUUGAGAAGAUGUAAAAAAAAAAAAAAAUCAGAAAAAAAAAACUAAAAUAGUUUAUGUACUAUAACAAUUAACAAAAAAUAGAUUUUUAAAUUAUACGAAGUAAUGCAAGAAUAUCGUGAUCUUUAUCUUAAGUAACGAACGAGAUGCACUACUAACUUGACUAAC